GUGUGCAGUGUGUGCAGUGUGUUGCUGAUCCAGGUGUGUGCAGUGUGUGCAGUGUGUUGCUGAUCCAGGUGUGUGCAGUGUGUUGUUGAUCCAGGUGUGUGCAGUGUGUGCAGUGUGUUGCUGAUCCAGGUGUGUGCAGUGUGUGCAGUGUGUGUCUCUGUCCUCCAGGGGUCGCUGUGACUCCUCCCGCCGUUGACCCGGCAGUGAACGGCCGUCCCCGGGGUCGCUCUGCCGGGGUCACCGGGCUCCACCAUGGCGUGGAGGAGCUGCUCUCUGCUGCUCAGACUCACCGGAGAUGAUGUUUUCCGGAGCUCCGCGAGGGGAGGCAGGUGGCCUCACAGCUUCCAGCAGCGAUGCGGUUUCAGGAAAGCCUCCAAGAAACCAGAAUCCAAGAAGGUGGAAGAAGAGCUGAUUCCCCAUCAACACGCCGAGUCCUCUGAGGUCGCGGUCCCCCGUCGGAGCCCCGCCCCCCACAGCGUCCACCACCGUCCACCCGGGUCCCCGCGGGCCUUCAGCCGGCUCCUCAGACCGCUGGUGUUCACCGUGGGGUUUACAGGCUGCUCCUUCGGCUCGGCGGCCAUCUGGCAGUACGAGUCCCUGAAGUCCCGAGUCCAGAGCUACUUCGACGAGAUCCGAGCGGAUUGGCUGGAGAAGCUGCGGCCGCCGAAACGAGGAGACGUCCGCAAAGAGAUCAACCAAUGGUGGCACAGCCUGAGCGAGGGUCAGAGGACGGUCACAGGAAUCAUUGCUGCUAACGCCCUGGUGUUCUGCUGUUGGAGAGUCCCGUCUCUGCAGCGCUCCAUGAUCAAAUACUUCACCUCCAACCCCGCCUCCAAGACUCUCUGCUCUCCGAUGCUCCUCUCCACAUUCAGCCACUUCUCUUUCUUCCACUUGGCUGCCAACAUGUACGUCCUCUGGAGCUUCUCCACCAGCGCCGUCUCUAUGCUGGGCAGAGAGCAGUUCAUGGCCGUCUACCUGUCUGCAGGUGUCGUAUCUACGUUUGUCAGUUAUAUUUGUAAGAUGGCCACAGGGAGGUUCGGUCCGUCUCUGGGAGCCUCUGGAGCUAUAAUGACCGUUCUAGCUGCCGUCUGCACCAAAAUGCCAGAAGCCAAACUGGCCAUCAUCUUCCUCCCAAUGUUCACCUUCACUGCUGCCAACGCGCUGAAGGCCAUCGUUGCCAUGGAUACAGCCGGCGUGGUGUUGGGAUGGAAGUUCUUUGACCACGCAGCUCAUUUAGGAGGAGCUUUAUUCGGAGUGUAAGUUGGUGUUUCGACCAAUCACAGCAGGCGCUCCGAUGCCUUCCUGACGUUGGUUUUUAUCGGUUUCAGUUCUCCAGAAACAGAUUGAUUAUUGAUUAUUGAUUGAUUGGCCAGAGAUAAAAACGCUGUUUGCAGCUUUGUGGUCGUUUAUCAAUAAUAUUUGGAUCAAUUGUUCCUGGUUUCCCAUCAUGCUCUCAUGCACGACCUGAGGACCCGAGGAGGGCCGGGCAGAGGAGGCGGCAGCGACGACGGCGGCACCGCGUAGGGACGCCCAACCACCGGGGCUGCUGGGAAAAUGUAAAGAUGUAUAAAAUGUACAGAAAGAAGCCGCCGCCGCGUUCGGCUUCAACAGGAAGUAAAGCAUGAGUUAAAAUAAUGACUCAUCGUAUUUCUAUCGAUAACCGACGUGAACGAUUCCAGUUUGUUUCCCUGCAGAGACGCUAAUUAUUAUUUAGUUGCCAUGGAGACGGAUUGUAUUGUUUCUGAUUGUGUUUCUGUUCAUUGUUCGACAAAACGUCUCGAUUUCAACCAUAAUAUAAAUAAUAACAAACACAAACACAGCAUUUCAUCUAUUUCCUGAAGAAAACUACAUAUUUUAAUACGUUUAUUAUUAUAAUUAUUAUUAUUAUUGAUAUUAAUCUCUGGUUUUCCACAAACUUCCUGCAGUUAUUGUGUUCACUGUUGAUCAGUUACUGUUAUUGAUCAAUACAAUAUGAACUACAGUCAGGUUGGGAACCACCAUGAUACACUCUGGAUCCAGAACUUGUUUCAGGACUCUGGUCCAUCAGAGGAGUCGGGAUAAACGUUCUGUUUGUGUCUUUCUGCUUAUUUAUGUUUGUUUGUUUGUUUUCUUUCCAAUAAAUAAAACUGAUCAGAAACGA